CCGGGAACCGCACACCGAGCCACGCCCACUGGCCAAGGGGGUCUGGACAGCCACAAGCCGAACCCGAGAGCCCGAGCCCGAGCCGCACAGCGCAUGUGAAGACGCACUCCCAGUGCACAGCCGGCGCGUAAAGCUGCCGGUGAAGACCUCGGGGGUCUCAGCGGUGGAACCCAGGACUGAGAGGACGCUCACUAGGUGUCAGAGAUGGCGGAAGAUGGCAGCGACGAGAUCAUGUUCGUCUGGUGUGAAGACUGCAGCCAGUACCACGACUCCGAGUGUCCCGAGCUGGGCCCAGUGGUCACGGUGAAAGACUCCUUUGUGCUGAGCAGGGCCAGGUCAUCGCUUCCCUCCAACUUGGAGAUCCGGCGGCUGGAGGACGGGGCCGAAGGCGUGUUCGCCGUCACGCAGCUGGUCAAGCGCACGCAGUUUGGGCCGUUCGAGUCCAGGAGGGUCGCCAAGUGGGAGAAGGAGUCAGCGUUUCCCCUCAAGGUGUUCCAGAAAGACGGGCACCCCGUGUGCUUCGACACCUCCAACGAGGACGACUGCAACUGGAUGAUGCUGGUGCGGCCGGCGGCCGAGGCCGAGCAGCAGAACCUCACCGCCUACCAGCACGGCGGCGACGUGUACUUCACCACCUCGCGGGACAUCCCUGCCGGCACCGAGCUGCGCGUGUGGUACGCCGCCUUCUACGCCAAGAAGAUGGACAAGCCCAUGCUGCGGCCGGCCUGCCCCGGCGUCCACGCUGCCGGCACCCCGGAAAGCAGCGCCCCCGCCGAGUCAGAGCCUGGCCAGUGGGCGUGCAAGGUGUGCUCGGCCACCUUCCCUGAGCUGCAGGUCCUGAACGAACAUCUCUUGGGCCACUUGGAGCACACCAAAAGCCUUCCUCCAGGCAGCCAGAGCGAGGCGGCCGCGGAGAAGGAGCCGGAAGCGCCGCGGGGGGAGCCUGCGGCCGUGCCCGAGGGCAGGAGCGCCAAAGAGCCAAAGAGAAAGCCUCGGAGGGGCCGGAAGCCCAAAGCGGCCAGGACCGAGCAGUCGCUCGGCCUCACGGAAGACAAGGAGCCGGCAGAGCGGGUGGCAGAGAUCGUCACCGAGGUCCCGCCGGACGAGCCUGCGAGCGCGCCGCCCGACGAGCGCUUCAUGGAGCUGGUGUUCGGGAAGUUCACGGCCGGCACGAGCGACGGCAGCGCGGUGCCGAAGUUCAGCCACCACCAGAACAGCACCGUGGCCCUCAAGCGGAGCCUGAUCCUGUCCAACCGGCACGGCCUCCGGCGCAGGCUGAGCAAGCAGCUGGCGGGGCCGCAGCGCGUGUACCAGUGCGGCGCCUGCAGCAAGGUCUUCCAGAACAGCAGCAACCUGAGCCGGCACGUGCGCUCGCACGGCGACAAGCUCUUCAAGUGCGAGGAGUGUGCCAAGCUGUUCAGCCGCAAGGAGAGCCUGAAGCAGCACGUGUCCUACAAGCACAGCAGGAACGAGGUUGACGGUGAGUUCCGCUACCGCUGCGGCACCUGCGAGAAGACCUUCCGCAUCGAGAGCGCGCUGGAAUUCCACAACUGCAGGACAGACGACAAGACCUUCCAGUGCGAGAUGUGCUCCAGGUUCUUCUCCACCAACAGCAACCUCUCGAAGCACAAGAAGAAGCACGGCGACAAGAAGUUCGCCUGCCAGGUGUGCAGCAAGAUGUUCUACCGCAAGGACGUCAUGCUGGACCACCAGCGCCGGCACCUGGAGGGAGUGCGGCGGGUGAAGAGAGAGGACUUGGAGGCCAGCGGGGAGAGCCUUGUUCGCUACAAGAAGGAACCUUCCGGAUGUCCUGUGUGUGGCAAGGUCUUCUCCUGCCGGAGCAACAUGAACAAGCACCUGCUGACGCACGGCGACAAGAAGUACACCUGCGAGAUCUGCGGGCGCAAGUUCUUCCGUGUGGACGUGCUCAGGGACCACAUCCACGUCCACUUCAAGGACAUCGCCCUGAUGGACGACCACCAGCGGGAGGAGUUCAUCGGCAAGAUCGGCAUCUCCUCGGAGGAGAGCGACGGCAACUCGGACGGCAGCGCGGCCUCCGAGCCCCACAAGUACAGCUGCAAGCGCUGUCAGCUCACCUUCGGCCGGGGCAAGGAGUACCUGAGGCACAUCAUGGAGGUGCACAAGGAGAAAGGCCACGGCUGCAGCAUCUGCAACCGGCGCUUCGCGCUGAAGGCCACCUACCACGCCCACAUGGUCAUCCACCGCGAGAACCUGCCCGACCCCAACGUGCAGAAGUACAUCCACCCCUGCGAGAUCUGCGGGCGGAUCUUCAACAGCAUCGGGAACCUGGAGCGCCACAAGCUCAUCCACACAGGUGUGAAGAGCCACGCCUGUGAGCAGUGCGGGAAGUCCUUCGCCCGGAAGGACAUGCUGAAGGAACACAUGCGCGUGCACGACAACAUCCGGGAGUACCUGUGCGCCGAGUGCGGGAAAGGCAUGAAGACCAAGCACGCGCUGCGGCACCACAUGAAGCUGCACAAGGGCAUCAAGGAGUACGAGUGCAAGGAGUGCCACCGCAAGUUCGCGCAGAAGGUCAACAUGCUGAAGCACUACAAGCGCCACACGG